UGUCUGAUUAAAAGAAGAAAAAGAGUUUAACGGUGUUCGUUGGUCCACCUCUCAAUAAUCCCACUUGAAAUGCUGGUUACCAGUUUUUUCCUAUCGAACCGUUAAACCCCACCCAAAACCCUGCAGCACAACAAUGCGUUGUAUCCCAGAAAAUGGCACUUUCGCCUCGAAGCCCCAAUGUCUCUCUGCAUUCAGGGACCCCAAGUCCAAACUCUCGAAAUCUCAGAAUUUACAAACCAAAAACCCUUCCUUUCUCCCACGAAUUCCAAACCCACAAAAUCUCCUCAAUAAAACCUGUCAAAAACUCAUUUCUUGACACUACUUCAAUCGCCACCUCUCAAGACCCAAACUCACGUUUGAAUCAACUAUGUCUUUAUGGGAAACUGGAAGAAGCUUUGGACGUUUUAAAGUCAAUGCAAGAAUUGCGAAUUUCAGUAGAGGAGGACACUCUGAUUGCCUUGGUUGGAUUGUGUGAACGUAUGAGAGCAUCGGAUGGGGCGGCUGUUUUGUACUUGUACGUGACGAAUUCGAUGACCCAAUUGAGCGCUAAGCUUGGUAACGCCCUGUUGAGUAUGUUUGUGAGGUUUGGUAAUCUGGAUAAUGCUUGGUUUGUCUUUGGGAGGAUGGAGGAUAGGGAUUUGUUCUCUUGGAACGUGUUGGUUGGUGGGUAUGCAAAAGCUGGGUUCUUUGACGAGGCAUUGAGUUUGUAUCAAAGAAUGUUGUGGAUUGGGAUUAGGCCUGAUGUCUACACAUUUCCUUGUGUUUUAAGGUUAUGUGGUGGUAUGCCAGACUUGAGGAGGGGCAAAGAGGUUCAUGUACAUGUAAUUAGAUAUGGGUUUGAUUCUGAUGUCGAUGUAAGUAAUGCUUUGAUUACUAUGUAUGUGAAAUGUAGCGAUGUUGCGACAGCUCGGAUGGUGUUUGAUAGAAUGCCUAGGAGAGAUAGGAUUUCUUGGAAUGCGAUGAUUUCGGGUCAUUAUGAGAAUGGUGAGUGUUGGAAAGGGCUAAAAUUGUUCUUUGCAAUGCGUGAGCAAUCCAUUGAUCCAGAUUUGAUGACCAUGACUAGUGUUAUCUCUGCAUGUGAGCUUCUUGGUGAUGAUGGAUUGGGCGAGGGAAUCCAUGGGUUAAUGUUGAAGACAGGGUUCGGGGUCGAUGUUUCAGUUUGUAAUGCAUUGAUUCAGAUGUACUCAAGUUUUGGGAAUUGGGAGGUAGCAGAAAAAAUCUUUACUAGAAUGGAGUUUAAAGAUGUUGUGUCAUGGACUACAAUGAUUUCUGGUUACGAGGAUAAUUUGCUGCCUAUCAAAGCCUUGAAUACUUACAAAAUGAUGGAGGUCGAUGGUAUUAGGCCUGAUGAGAUCACCAUAGCCAGUGUUCUUUCUGCUUGUGCUUCUUUAGGAGAAUUAGAUAUGGGUACUAAACUUCAUGAGCUCGCUAAGAAGACAAGGCUCAUAUCAUAUGUGAUUGUUGCGAAUGCACUUAUUGAUAUGUACUCGAAGUGUAAAUGCAUUGACAAGGCUCUGGAAGUAUUCCACCAAAUUCCUGUCAAGAAUGUGAUAUCAUGGACUUCAAUCAUUUUUGGGCUUCGGGUAAACAAUCGGUGCUUCGAAGCUUUGUUUUUCUUUCGACAAAUGAAACUUACCUUGAAACCAAAUUCUAUUACCCUAGUUUCUGUCCUAUCUGUAUGCGCUAGAAUUGGAGCACUGAUGUGUGGAAAAGAGAUUCACGCCCAUGCUUUAAGGAUGGGAGUAGCACUUGAUGGUUUUUUACCUAAUGCACUUUUGGACAUGUACGUAAGGUGUGGGAGGAUGCAACCAGCAUGGAAUCAGUUUAACUCACAGAAUGAAGAUGUUGCAGCAUGGAACAUUCUCCUAACAGGGUAUGCCGAGCGCCGACAUGGAGCACGAGCUGUGAAGUUAUUCCAUAGAAUGGUAGAGUCUAAGGUCAAUCCAGAUGGGGUUACCUUUAUUUCUUUGUUAUGUGCUUGUAGUAGAUCUGGAUUGGUGACAGAAGGCUUGGAGUACUUUAAUAGCAUGGAGCAUAGAUACUUUCUCACCCCAAAUCUAAAGCAUUAUGCAUGCGUAGUAGACUUACUUGGACGAGCGGGACGAUUGGGGGAUGCAUAUGUCUUUAUACAGAAAUUGCCUUUAAAGCCAGAUGCAGCCAUAUGGGGAGCUUUAUUAAAUGCAUGUAGGAUCCAUCGGCAAGUUGAGCUAGGAGAACUUGCAGCUCAGCACAUUUUUGAGAUGGAUACAAAAAGCGUUGGAUACUACAUUCUAUUGUGUAAUCUCUAUGGUGACUGUGGUAAGUGGGGUGAAGUUGCAAAAUUAAGAAUGAUUAUGAGAGAGAGAGGAUUAACCGUUGAUCCUGGAUGCAGUUGGGUGGAAGUGAAGGGAAAGGUUCAUGCUUUCCUCAGCGGCGAUAAUUUUCACCCUCAAACAAAUGAAUUAAAUGCUGUGCUGACAGGGUUCUAUGAAAAAAUGAAGGCAGCUGGUUCUGUUGAUUUUGAAUGCAGUUCAACCAACGAAGUCGAAGUCUCAAAAGCUGAGAUUUUCUGUGGGCACAGCGAGAGAAUGGCAAUUGCUUUGGCGCUCAUCAAUACGGCUCCUGGGGUGCCUAUUUGGGUAACAAAGAAUCUUUACAUGUGUCAAAGCUGCCAUAGUACUGUCAAAUUUAUCUCUAAGGUUGUUCGCAGAGAGAUAUCUGUUAGGGAUACUGAGCAAUUCCACCAUUUCAAAGAUGGAGUCUGUUCUUGUGGGGAUGAAGGAUUUUGGAAGAGAUUUGAUGAAGGUUGAAUGACUAAGACAGUUUCUGUUAAAUCUCAAGGUAGCAGGCAGCACUGACGAGAGGUGAUAAAUGUGCUGCGUUCUUGAUUCGCUCUGGUGGAUAACGUAGAAGAACAAGGCCUUACAAUCUGUCAGCAGAAGCUUAACGCAGGAAAAAAACAGAGCUGGUAGGGGAUAACCCGUAUGUCACUCGUUUCUUGCUUAGUAGGGGUUCUGAUUGUGUGGUGCUGUUGGAUUUAGAUCCUUAAGACAUUGUAAUCUUAAAUGUAUCAUCCUUCUGUUAUUUAUACACAAUUUUCUUGUAAAAUCGCUCGACAGAAUGCCAUAUCAAUAAUUCCAAUAAGGUUGAUGAAUAGAA